AUGACGCUUUGCAAGCCUGGUUACUGGGCUGUUGCCGAACCUCUUGGUUCGGUAGCCUAUGCUGGCACAGCAGGCUCGGUUGCUGCUUCGGUUCAACUGCAUGGCUUGGUUCGGAAUGGGACACUCGCGGCUGGUGGCGAUGGUAUCAGAACGAGCGGCAUUUUUGGCGGGCUGUCCGUUGCUAGAUUCAGCUCAGCAAAAGGUCGGCGCAGUGGCAAGGCAGCAGUGCAGCAGACGAGGGAUGGAAAGGCAGGGAGAGGGGGGAAGGCGGAGGAGAAGAGUGAGGAGGAUAUAGUCACAAGGAAGCAGCAGCUGCUGGAGCAAGCCGUUCAGGAGCUACGAGCCAAGUUUGGGCGGGAGGCAGUGAUGGUUCUGGGCGGCACUGAGGCGGACUUGGCCGCCCACCGCGUCCCGGUCAUUCCCUCAGGCUCCAUUGCCCUGGAUGCUGCUCUUGGGAUUGGGGGCUUCCCACGGGUGCGGUCGAAGCUCAUGAUGGGAGGGCCGGGCAUGGGCAUGCCGGUGGAGGUGACGUCUGGAGGCACACAACUCCCUUCACCCCUCUCCACCACAUCUCUCCCUCCUCUUCUCCCCACCUCCUUUUAUAUCUGUGUGCAGGUGCGAUCGAAGCUCAUGAUGGGAGGGCCGGGCAUGGGCAUGCCGGUGGAGGUGACAUCUGGGGGCAAUGCACUCAAGUUCUAUGCCUCGCUGCGGCUGCACAUAAAGAGAGUGGCGCAGCUGAAGCAGGGAGAGAAGAUUGUUGGUAACCGCGUGCGGGUAACAGUGAACAAGAACAAGCUUGCGCCGCCCUUCCGCACGGCAGAGUUUGACAUUGAGUUUGGCCACGGGAUAUCCCGGGAGGGGGAACUCCUAGAUUUGGGAGUUAAAGAAGGGUUGCUUACGCUCUCUGGAGCGUGGUACAAAAAGGACGGCGAAGUGAUUGGACAGGGGAAGGAAGGCGCAAGGAACUUUCUGAAGGAGAACGUGGAGGUUGCGAGGGAGCUUGAGGAGGGGAUUAGGGAGAGGCUGGGUGGACGGAAGAGGGAGGGGGAUGGGGAGGGUAAGAAGGGUGGGGUGGAGGGAGGGAAAGGUGUGGGAAGUGAAGAGGAGGGAAGGGGAGAGGAGGAAAGAGGGGAGGAGGGUGAGGGAGACGAGAGAGAAGGUGAGGAAGGCAGUGUUGUCACUGGAGUGUCCGGUUAA